AUGCCAGAGACUGAUAGUCACUCUUUCUCGAUCAUUUCCGAGCCGGGUAUUGAAACAAUAUACACCCCAACAGAACAAGACACGGAUGAAUAUGAGCUCGUGUUUGACGAUGCUCGUUCUGAAUGCUUGCAACAAGACGAUGAUUCAAGCUGUUGCACGUCAUUAGCAGCCAGCAUAUUCGACUAUGAGCACUCUCAUGGCCGACGUUAUCACGCCUAUUUGGCGGGCAGAUAUCCGCUACCCAAUGACGAAGGCGAGCAGUGUCGCGAGCUAGCUGAGCAUUUCCUGAUGCAGCAACUUCUGGUAUGUCAAGAUUAUUGGGCAACAGCAAUUAGAGAUGGUAAACUCUUUCUGUCCGAAGUUGACAAAGACGCGAAGAAGAUAAUCGAUCUCGGGACAGGAAACGUGGCCGAUGAGUAUGACAAGACCAGCGUGAUAGGAACCGAUCUAUCCCCCAUUCAACCUAAAUCAAUGCCUUCGAAUGCAUCCAUGUUUGUUGAAGACUGUGAGGACCCCUACUGGGCCAAUGGUAAGGACUUUGAUAUGGUUCAUCUCAGGGGAAUGGUCGGAUUUCUUCUUGACUUGGACACAAUGGUUGUUAAUGUCCACGAACACCUGAAGGAGGGUGGAUGGAUCGAGUUUCAAGAUUUUGACUACACAGUUCGCUGCGAUGAUGGCACCAUGCAGAAAGACGAUCCACUGCGAGUUUUCUUCGAUACCUGCGCUCAGGGGAUACGAAAAUACGGCUGUACCAACUUUGGCAAGAAAGACGUUCGGAAAAGUCUCAUAGCCGCUGGCUUCACUCGAGUUCAGGCCGUGAGUGAGAAAGUGCCUAUCUCAUGCUGGCCACAGGAUGAAGGAACGAAGGACUUGGGGAAGUUGAUGGAAGCCAACAUCAUGGAUCUGAUUGGUUCGAUGUCUGUCAAGCCGUUGAAUGCCUUAGGAAUACCAGAAGAGAAGCGAAAAGAGAUGGUGUCUCAGGCUUAUAAGAGCCUCAGGAAUGAUAAAGCUCAUCGAUACAUGAACUGUCGUAUCAUUUAUGGCCAGAAGAAUGGGGACCAAGGCUCCGUGGCUAGUCUUGGUUUUGAUCCGUGAUUUCUCUCGACGCUUGUGGUUGCUGAGGCGGAAUGACUUUCAUGUUCAGCAUAUAGGUAAGGAUGGAAGACAAGAUGGAGGUGCAGGAGGCACUUGGUUCCCACCAUGUCUUGCUAAAACACUUGCAAUAGCGAUGACAACAAUUUACCGUGAAAGUCAACGCUUCCCUUCCUUGAUUUCCCUAUUUGAAGGGAUCUUACACAGUUGCAAUAAUACAAGGCUGUCUUAUUGAACAAACAAUAUUUUAAAAUGGGCGUGUGAGG